CUCAGGCUAAACCUAGCGUAUAAUUUCAUAAUUCUCGAGUUUUGGUUUCUUAACUAUACAUACGAUCUGCCUUUUGAGCUGGAUUAUUUGGUGGGAUUCUUGUCCAUCAAAUUGGUGCGCUCAUUGAGAGCUCGAGAAAUUCACUCAUGAGAAGACCUUCCAAAGAACAAUGGUGAAAACUCGAAGUAACGCUAAUCAGCCCACCGAGAACCCUCCUCAGGGAGAGACUAGCGCCACCGGAGGCCGCUGCCUCCCUAUCAGCGUGAUGGGGACUGAGGUCCUCAUCCAACGAAUCGGGAUCACGACUGAUCAGUUUAAGGAGGUGGUGGCGGUCCUGACCCCAAAUCAAGAGAUUGUGGUGGACGACAUCACUAGAGCGCAUGUCGGGGGGAAGGCCGGACCUGCAGAAUCUGAUAGGAAGAAGAAGAAAAAGACCAGGUGUUCUCAGAAGAAGAAAGAAAAUAAACCUAAUGGGAAAGCAAUGAUAGAGGACGAUCUGUCAAGGCUGGAUGAGGAAGGUGAGUCAUCCUCAUUCGAGCGGGCUUCCACCUUUGAUCGGCUGGGGGAUCCUAAACAGAAGAAGUCGCGAACCCUCGCGUUCGUCUGGCUGCAAGACAAUCGAUCAGCCUAGAAGGGCGACCUGAGAGAGAAACUCAGGGAGCGAAGGGAUCGGAGGAGUCCACGACGACGUCCAAGGCCCAUUUGGAAGGAAGGCGAAAGGCGAUGGUGGAAAAGGACGCAGUCGAGCUAUGGAACACGACCGACCGGCUGGAGAAGCAGUUGGACGCCUAGAAUCCCUAUCGCU